AUGCGCAUAAGUCCACCAGACGACAAUCGUAUAGUUGAUGAAAGCAGCAUUAAAGACACAAAUUCGUCGAGUUAUUUACAAGAUGAUGAAGAUGAUCCAUUUACAUUUCGCAGUCGAAAAUCAUAUCCACAACGAGUUAAUCGACCCAAAUUGAAUUAUCGUGAUUUAGACCGUGGCAUGUAUGAUGCACAUGAACUUCGACAAUCUUUGUGGGCACUUGGUGGACCAGGAGCAUUACAUAAAACUAGUCCAGUUAGUAAAAAUAAUACAAAUUAUAGUGAUGAUGAAGAUGAAGAAGAUAUGACUGUUGAUGAUGAAACUGAUGAUAUAUUAAAUGAACAAAAAAAUAAAUCUAAUGAUGAUGUUGAUCAGAAACAUCGUCGUCUUUGGUGUAUAUGUAAGAAACCAUGGGAUCAUUCAAGGCUUAUGCUUCGAUGUGAUUCAUGUGCUAAUUGGUAUCAUGGAGAUUGCAUUGGUGUAACCAAAGAGCAAGCCAGAGUGCUUGAUAUGAAUGGUGAUCAAUUUGUUUGUCCACCUUGCCAAGUAAUAACGGUAAGUCCAGGAAUGAAACCUGGACGAUCAUCUGAUGAAUCAAUAUUGAUUAAACGAAAACGUAUAGACGCUGUGUCACCAAGUGAUCGUAAAGUUAAUGAAAGAAAUGGAAAUCUAGCUUCAAUCAAACAUUUAACACAUUCUGAACCUUCCAAACGACCUAAAACAGGAAUCUUCUUUCAACGUGAUUCAUCAACAGAGCCACAAAUUCAUUGUAUUGUACAUGGUUGUUCUAACUGGGCAAAAUCCGGUUGGGUAUAUUGUUCAUCUGCUUGUAUUCGCCGUCAUAUUAAUGAUACAUUACAAGCAAUUCAACGAAGCAAAGGAGCAGAUAAUGAAAAUCCGCCAUCUCGUGAAGAUAUUUUAUUAUAUGAAAAUCGAACAAAAAAAGUUCUUGAUAGAAAAUUAGUUCCUAAAGUUGAAGAUUUAUGUACGUGGAUAAAUCAUAAUCCAUCCUAUGAAAUAGUUAAACCAGCUUUGAAACAAUCAAUAUUAUUAACAGCUAAUGAAUCUAAAUCAGCUUUACAACCAGGUUUAGUACGUUCAUCAUCUAUUAUUGCACCUAAAACUCCUACAACACCGAAUUCAACUAAACCAAAACUUUCAUGGGCACCAGUUGCACCGAAUACAAAACCAAUACCAAUAAAAAAAGCACCAGUUCAAGUUGGAAGACAAACAAGUAAUACAUCAGCAUCAUCUACUGUUCAAAAUUAUGCCGAUAUUCGAAUGAAAGUUCCUCAAGCUUUAUAUGAUAAAUUAAUUGCAAGAUUAGAAAAAAGUGGUGAAAAACUAAUGUCAAAUGAUGAUAUGCGAAUACUUGUUGAUAAAAUAGAAGAAGAAAUGUAUCGUGUUUAUGGUAAAGUUGAUAAUUCAUAUAAAAAUAAAUUUCGUUCAUUAUUGGCAAAUAUUAGUAAUAUGAAUAAUAGCUUUUUUUAUAAACAUAUUCUUUCAAAAGAAGUUACAGCUAAACAAAUUGUUGCAAUGAAACCUGAAGAUAUGUUACCACCAGAGGAAAAAGAAAAACGUAAAGAUGAAUUUGAAAAAGAAGUUCAAAUGAUUAUGAAAGCUGAAGAACAAUCAGCUGAGGAAAUGGCAAGACGUGCUAGAACAAAAAAUACUCGACAAGGUAUUGUUGAUAAUGAUUCAGUGUUACCUAUGUUUAAAAAUAAUGAACAAAAAGUAAUUGAAGAAAAAAAUCCUGAACGUAAUGAAUCAAAAUCUAUUGAAACAUCUAAAACAACUACAGAAGUAAAAAAGAAUACAAAUUCAAAACCUAUUGUCAAAUCAAAGAAACCAAUCACUUCUACUACUGGACAAAAAUCAUCUACUAUAAAUUCUAAACCUAAAGUUCAAACAACGAUUUCUAAAACUGAUACAACAUCUUCACAUGGUAAACAUACAUUUGAUAUUAAUUGCUCAAUAUGUACGAAUUCAACAGCACUAAAAAUAGCAUCUCCAAAAGCAUCUACAUCGAUUCCUACUGGUAAAUUACAAAUUCCAGAAAUUAUUCCUCAACCUACUGAAUCAUUACCAAUUAAGUCUUCAGAUGAUCUUCCAAAUCUUCCAGUAAUAUCACCACCACCUCGUAUCGAAUCAAAUGAAGUAUCAAAUGCUACAUUUCAACCAGUUGAUCUCGAUAAUGAUUAUAUUGAACCAGAAAGUCCAACAGGCAUUGAUGCUUUACUUUACGAUGAUGAUGAUGAUUUAAAUAAUAUGCAUAGUCAUUCUCGACAUGCAACAACACUUCAACAUGUAGAUUCACCCGGUGAUAAUAAUGAUUAUUUCCCACCAGUACAACCAUCAGUUCGCGAUGAUUACAAUCCUCUAGCUGCAUCCAAACCUAAAACUGAUACACCAUCGAUGUAUCAACCAACACCUAUUGCUCGUUCAUCAAGUAUACCAAAUCAAUGGCGUGGUGUUAUACUUACACCUGAUGCUAAAAUUCCAUGUCAAUCUCUCCGUAUAUACGGAGAAGGUGAAUAUCUUAUUGGUGACAUUCCAGAACAACUUGGUAUUCUUGGACGACUUCGACUCGGUGAUCUUUGGGAAUAUAUUCGUGAUUCAAUUGCUGUUCGUGAUGUAAUUAUUUUAACACUUACACCAUUAAAUAAUAAUGAUAAUAAUGCAUUUUUACGAUAUGUUGAUACAAUGCGUACAUCAGGACGAGCUGCAGUUAUUAAUAAACGAACAGAACCAUCAAUUAUUCGUGAUAUGUAUGUUUUACCAGCUGAUCUAAAAGAUUGUUCAUCUAAUGUUAUAUCAACAUUUUCUCUAUCAACGAAUAUUGAUUCAAAACAAUUAUUUCUCAUUGUUGUUGGAUCAGGAAAAAAAUCAACAAAAUCUUUAAAUCGUCCAAAUGAAAGUCAUUCAUCGAGUAAUUUAACUUAUAAACCUGUUUCAUUGCAAGAUUCAACAGCAAUACGAGAUCCUCGAUUACUUAGAAAUAAAGAUCCACGAUUGACUGGACAGAAUGGUCCAGAAAUAACUACAAACGAUAAUACUAUUUCUUCAAUACCACAGAUACCAAACACCAAUAGUACGAAAUCAAUGUCAAAUCAAAAAUCUACUGAAGAUUUAUUCAAAUUAACAUCUGAAUCUUUUGAACGUAUUCGUCACUCAAAAUCAGCUGAUGCUAUUCAUUCAAUAGUUAUGUCUACUUUGGAAAUUUUAAAAUCUAAUGGACGUGAAGAUUUAUGUACAAAAUUUACUAAUGAUCUUCAUACUAAAAUGUCCGAAUGGCAAAAAUUAAAAGAAACUAAUUCGAAUAGACCUGUUACAGCAGACGAUAAUUUAAAUGAAGAAAAUAUGGAAGUUGAUGAUGAACAAGAUGAUAAACUUAAAAGACAAUUAUCUGAAAGUGAAUAUAAUGAUGUUGAUUAUCGGUUUCUUGGUCAAGAUACAGAUCAUCGUAUGACAACAAGUAGUGUACCUGAAAAUGAACAAUCCAAAGAUGUAACAACGAAAUCACCUUUUUCAGAUGUAUUUUCAGCUCAUCGUGAUGCUGAUGAUCGAUCAAUGAAAUCAAAUUUAACAAAAGAAGAACGAGAGAAGAAAAAUAAUGAUUAUUAG